AUGAGUGGCGCUGGCAACAUCAAAGUGGUGGUGCGGUGUCGACCACUGAAUGCAAGAGAACUUGCCCGAGGAGCCACAUGUCUUGUGCGCAUGGAAGGCCAACAGACCAUUAUAAGGAGACCGGAUCAGAAAGAUAACGAUGUCAAGGCAUUCACUUUUGAUCGAUCGUUUUGGUCGGCCAAUAAAGACGAUCCGGAAUAUGCUGAUCAAGAGACUGUGUAUCAAGACUUAGGCCGCGAACUACUGGACCAUGCUUUUGAUGGAUACAACUGCUGUAUUUUUGCAUAUGGUCAAACGGGAUCCGGCAAGUCAUAUUCCAUGAUGGGUUACGGAAAAGAUAAAGGCAUCAUUCCUCGUACAUGUUCCGAGCUGUUUGAACGUAUCCAGCAAACAACACGGGACGGCCUUACGUUUGAAGUGGAAGUGUCGUAUAUUGAGAUCUACAACGAAAAAGUACGCGACUUGCUCAACCCUCGCAACAAGGGCAACCUCAAGGUCCGCGAACAUCCUAGUCUCGGACCUUAUGUAGAAGAUCUCUCACGCUUGGCCGUGAAAUCGUUUGAAGACAUCAACUAUCUAAUGGACGAAGGGAAUAAGGCAAGGACGGUGGCAGCGACCAACAUGAACGGAACGUCGUCUCGAUCCCAUGCUGUAUUUACCAUACUUUUGACCCAAAAACGAUACAAUCCCGCUACCAAACAAACCAACGAUAAAAUUGCUCGAAUCAGUUUGGUCGAUCUGGCAGGAAGUGAGCGUGCGAACAGCACCGGAGCGUCAGGAUUGCGACUGAAAGAGGGCGCUAAUAUCAAUAAAUCGCUAACAACCUUGGGCAAAGUCAUUGCCGGGUUAGCCGAGCAAGCAACCAUGCAAGACAAUAAGAAAGGCACUCGCAAAUCAAAAGAGGCAUUUAUCCCUUUUCGUGAUUCCAUACUGACGUGGCUGCUGAAAGAUUCCUUGGGAGGCAAUUCAAAAACGGCGAUGAUUGCGGCAAUUUCACCUGCGGAUUACGAUGAAACGUUGAGCACGUUGCGAUAUGCAGAUCAGGCCAAGAAAAUUCGAACCAAGGCCGUCGUCAAUGAAGAUCCACAUAUGAAGAUGGUGCGCGAACUGGAAGAUGAACUGAAACAGUUGCGCCAAGCGUUGAUGGUGUAUGCGCCCGAUGAACUGGAAAAGAUCACAUCCCACAAGACAAAAUCCUCAUCUAAAUUGGCUACCAACGGGACCAACGCUGCUAAUGGGACCAAUGCGACCAACACAAGCGCACCUCCCAAAUCGAUCGUAUUCACGGACGCUGCGAAUCACGCUACCGAACUUACGAAAACGGAAAUGCUCGAUCAGAUCCAAACUUCCGAAAAGCUGCUCAACGAAUUGAACCAGACGUGGGAAGAGAAGCUGCAAAACAGCGAGAAAAUCCAUAUGGAGCGUGAGCAAGCAUUGGAGGAAUUGGGCAUCACCAUUGAAAAGAACCAUUUGGGCAUUCACACCCCGAAAAAAAUGCCGCAUCUUGUGAACCUGAGCGAAGAUCCACUCAUGUCCGAGUGUCUCAUGUAUCAAAUCAAGCCCGGCAUAACACGUGUAGGCCAUCUCGAGAGUCAGGCUCACAUUCGUCUAAGUGGAUCGAGUAUCAUGGAAGAACACUGUAUCUUUGAAAACGUUGACAAUGUGGUGACCUUGAAUCCAAAAAAGGAUUCCGUAACCAUGGUCAACGGUCUGCGGAUCUCGGAACCGAAGCGACUGAAAAGCGGCUACCGCGUCAUUCUAGGCGAUUACCACAUUUUUCGAUUCAAUCAUCCCGAGGAAGCGCGCAAAGAACGCGACCUUUUGCAACGCAUGUCGUCGCCAACGGGCAUGGAACGCAGCGCGAGUCAGCGUCCCGAUUCGCCCAGUCAGUCCUCGGGCUCCGAUGCCGAAUGUUAUCCGCACGCCGACUGGACUUUUGCGUUACGGGAGGCACUGUUGAACAGUGCCAACGGAGAUGUCAAUUUUGGCAAUCUGGCCGACGAAGAUUUGGAAAAGAUUUUGGACGAUGUCACCAAGCUUCGACGAAUACGGCAACGGCAGUCGACUUCGUCUUCGUCGUCCGAAGGUCAGCUCUUCAGCGAUAAUUUCUCGCAAAGAACGUCGCUGUCAUCGCAAACCGGCUUAUUCUCUACGCAUUCCACUUUAUUGGAUGACAUGGACAGUGCGUCGCGUGAGGGCUCUGUUAAAUCGUUUCACGAAGAAAUGCAACAGCGGUUGGCUCAGCAGAAAAAGAAAUACGAAUCGAAACUUCAACGCCUGUCCAUGUACCUUCCUGCAAGCACCUGCUCUCUGUACUCUCCGCUGGUGGAUGCGGCCGAAAUUGCGUUAGCUCGCAAAUACGUCCAGCGAUGGAAACGGAAACGAUGGAUGGCGCUUUCCGAAACCGUGUCGGUGAACCGCCACUACAUUGUCGAGGCGAACGCAUACAGUCGACAGCACCAUCAAUCUACAGUUUAUCAAUUGGUCAUUGUCCACGAUAACGCGUCUCUCGACGCCCGAUCCGCUCUGGAACCUUGCAUGACAUCGGAUGUGGAUCCCGUCUUGUCGGGCCAACUCAAGCCGUGCAUUGCGGUGCGUGUCAUUGAUUGUCAGCAGCAAACCACCGGCCUUUGGUCAUUAAGCAAGCUCAAGACGCGGGUUCGUCAUAUGCAAGGUAUCCAUUGUAUCACGCCUCGUUUGCCACACUUUGAAAGUCAAGAUCUAUUCCGCGACUUGCCGCAGUUACAUUACGCGCUUACCGGUACGACACAGGUACCACUUCGUCAUCUCGACUUUCAUAUUCCCAUGGAACGACAGUUGGAUAUAUUUUGUCGAGAUACCGGAGCAUGGCUAGGCCAUCUCACCGUGCUAGUGGCUCCCAUUGCACGCUCGAUUGCACGGACGCCAAAGGAAACGUAUUCAGCCGCCGAACCACCAUCGCAGCACGGGUUGUUGCAUGUGGGUCAGCAGCUUCUUUUCGAUAUUCGCAUCCUCGAACUGUCCGGGCCCAUGACCGCCGAAUGCACCGACAUUCACUGCCAGUUUUCCUUGUCGGAUUUCGGUGUGACGGUGCACAACGUAUUCACCACGGACCCUGUUUCUCCAGUGGAUGGAUCCUCGGUACGCUUCGAUUACAGUCAAACGAUCUCCAUGGUGAUCACGCCGGAAAUACUCGAUACGAUUCGACAUCAGUCACUCCGAUUCGACGUCUUUGCCAAACCACGACCGGGCUAUUUUGAACAGUGCAUGAUAAACGCCACGGAAGCAACGAUCGCUGCCUUGGAUAUUAGGAGCCCUACCACCCCAACUUUGACAUUGCCCAUGUCAGAUAUACCCGCCAAAGAUCACCGACCUCGCGUUCACAGAGAAUCAUACCCUAUUUUUGUCUCUAUACAAAUCCGCGAACUGGGAUCUCGAGGCGAUUAUCAGCCUGUCCCGGUGAAAAAACUGCCAUGGGAUUCAACAAACAUAGGCCUUUUUUGCUUACGACAAGGACAGCAACGGCGAAUUCAUUUGACCAUGAAAUGCGACGCUUCAUGGCACGUGAACAAGAUUUCGUCCCUUUGCAUUGGCCACGUUCGGCUCGUUGAUGCGCAAUAUCGUGUCAUCAAUGACCUCGAUACGACGUCUGUCCCACUCAAGGUGGUGCAACAACAGCAAGAAAAUGAACUUGAUGAAGGUCCAGGUUUUGUAAUAGAAAGUGCUUGGGAUAGUUCCCUCCACGAUUCGUUACUGCUCAAUCAAGCCACCGCGCCCGACCAGCGUGUUGUAUUCACACUAUCGUGGUCUGCACAUACCGAUAAGUAUCCCGUCUCGCAGCAAUACACGAUCGAUGUCUGUGUACGGAUCAGUGGUCACGAAAGGGAAACGCCAUUGAAUAAACGGUCGUCCAUGUUCCGUUUCUUUUCUUCGGACGAUGUAGCUAGUCUGGCGACUGAUCGCGCGUGCGCGGUAUUUGAACUUCAAAUGAUCAAGCUCAUGAAAGAGGCGAACGAAACGGAUCCAAUGAUUGCGAAAUAUCGCGACGGUUGGCAAGCAAUGUCUCGAAAGGAAUCAAUUGCUUCGACCGACUACACCGUAACAUUGAUGACACAGCUACAGAAGCGGCGAAAUAAAAUACAACAAGGCAUCACCAAAAUCGGAUGCGAUGACGGUGGUGAUACCAAGCAAUGCAUCGACAACGUUAUCCAUCUGUGGAGGUCUGCCGUACCACCCAAAGACAUGAGUGCAUGUUCAAGGCCAUCACCCGAUAUUCCUUGCUACAAGUGCGAGGUAUAUCAAAUCUUACCACUGGGAUCCGUCACCAAACGCGGGCUGCUGACGUGGCGAAUUGAGCCAUCUCAAGGCACAUCUUCUAAUGAUCGGUGGGUUGUUCUCCGCAGGCCGUAUCUCCUUGUAUACGAAGAUCAAUCUGAGAGCAACGUCUUGAACGUGUUCAAAGUCACUCGCGCGAGCGUUCCCACCAAUGAUCUGACUAUUCCCAAUACCUUUGAAAUGUAUACCAGUAACUCUACUUAUUACUUGCAAGCCAACGAUCAAGAGACUGUCGACAGCUGGGUCUCGGCUUUGAACAACGACACCACAUAA